AUGCAGUAUGUCUUCAUUUGGCAGCUUAACUGCCCCAUAAUGCAAAAGCAGGCAGUGCAUUGCGAGCCACGUCUGCACAAACGAAACCGCCAUUCGGCAGCCUGGUGUGUAUUUCACGCUCGUGGGAAGUGCACCCGCGGCAACAAUUGCUCCUUUGCUCACUCUGCGGAAGAGCUUCGGCAGCUUCCAGACCUGAGAAAAACAAAGCUCUGCAACGCAUUUCUGGGAGGACAGUGCAGCAAUAAUAACUGUUCGUAUGCCCACGGUCUGCAGGAGUUGAGGGACUUUCCGGGGAAAAAAGGCCUGUGCCGACUUUACAGGGAAGGCAAAUGCCUGCACGGUUCAAGUUGCAAGUAUGCACACGCCCUUGGGGAGCUUGAGGUCGGGUACGUCUUUGCUCAGCCAUUGCACGAGCAGCCUCAGAAGCAACAACAGUUCAUGAUGCCUACCCGCGAACAGCAGCAGCAGCAGCAGCAUCAACCGUUGCAGCCUCUCCUUCACGAAAAUAGCUUGCCGCAGGAUUUGUUAUUGCUACAACAACUGGCUAUGCAGCAAGCUCAGGGCAAACUUUCUCGGCAGCAGCCGCAAAACCAACAACACUUGGUGGAACACCAGCAGUUGCUGAUGAUGCUAGAGGGUGGAGCUGCGGGGAAGGCUGUCAUGUCACAAGACCAACAAAGGACCCAGGUGUUCCACCGUCCGCAGCUGCAACAACAAAAUCAACAAGCUCUGAAACGCCAGAUAGAGGAUCUGCAGCAGCGUUGUUUUGCCUCUGAGAUGCAAUCUCAGCAGCAUUCACAGCAGCAGCAGGAAAGCGUACCUCAACUUCAGACAGGUUUGACCCAUGGGCAUUUGCCACAGCAGCAGAAUGAGCACAAGGAUCAGCUGCUACAACAAGAAGCGGGGGCGGCUGCUCGUUCCCCAGGGUCCCUCCAAUUCCGCCUACCCACGUCAAAAGUGCCGGCACUAUCUCUGCGAGCCCUAGCGACAAAACAGCAACAGCAACAGUAUCAACGGCAGGAAGCUGAGGGGCAACUCCUGCAGCAGCUGCAGUCUACUGAAUCUUGGAAUGAAGCGCCCGCCAUCAUGCAGAUACCGUCUAAUGAGGCGGAAUCUGCGAAGCAGCAGCAGCAACAGCAGAAGCAGACUGAGCUCGAAGAAAUGGUCUCACGGCAGCAGUUAAUACAACAGAGGCUGCUCCUACAGCAGCAACGCAUGCCUCCCAGUAGUCAGCAAGCUUUUGCCGAGGCGGUUUUGCAGCAGGGGUGGCAGCGCCCAGCAGCAGGCACUGUUGAGGAAGCGGCCGCUGCAACAACAGCCACGGCUCCAAGCUACGCCUAUAGGGAGCUAAACCCGUGGGGCCAAGCGGUCUCUCGUAGCACAGCCAGCACUGCCACAGGGGACGACUGCUACUCUUUCGCGUCCCUCGCUGCGGCUGCUGCUGUACGCAAAGUGGAACAAGGCCUCAGGCCACCCUCUCCUGAAGGCCUUCAGCGGCAGCAGCAGCCACUGCAACAACCGCAAAUGGCGGAACAGCUGCAGCAGCAGUCGUUAUCCCGGCAAGGUCGAGAGUUGCUGCAGGCCGUCGAAUUGCUUCGACAUCAGCAGAAGCAGCAUCAGGAUGAACAGCUUCAACAGAACGAAGCCCCUUGGACACUCCACCUUGAAAGGCCAAACACAGAAGCAGCGCCUGUUGUAUCGCCCUUCGGAAAUUACAGCCUUAGGGAAAUGCAAAGCCGAAUGGCUGCAAUGACACUGCAGCCGCACCAACAGCAGGCAGAGCAGCAGCGCCAGCAACAACCGCUCAGCCAGCACCGACAGCUAGAAGGCCUUCUGGCCCAACUGGCGCGGGACCAAACGGAAGGCAUCGGUGCGCUUUCGAAGAAGGAGAGCCUCUGCGGGGUGGAUGCUCAGCAUCAACAGAAACUGCAACAGCAACAGAGAGAGCAGCAGCACGUUCCUAAGCUGCAGCUCCCUAACGGAAUAACUGGGUCAGCUCCUGCUUCUUACAGAAUAGCGAAGAGCCCGCUUCACCGACCUAAGGGAGAAGACACCCCCAACAUUCAGCAAAGCGCAAGUCAUCCCACAACCGCAACACAACAGCAGUAG